AUGUGCGUAGAUAAUGCACGUUCUUUGAAAGAUCUGGAAAAAGAUGAGAAGAGCCACGUAGUUGAUUCUCCGACCACGGUUAAAAAAACUAAACUCCAUUUCUUCUUGCACGACAUCAUUUCAGGCAAAAAUCCUUCCUCAGUGCUUGUUGCAAAACCAAACGGAACAAUUGUCCAAGAAGGCAACAUAGUCCCAUUUGGGUCAGUUUAUGUGUUUGAUGACCCACUCACGGUUGGACCUAGCCCGAAUUCAGAGGUUAUCGGUAAUGCACGUGGACUAUACGCUUCAAUCAGCCGUGGGUCAGACUUGACCUUGUUGUUCAAUGGCGAUCUAGAGUUUACGAGUGGUGAGUUCAAUGGGAGUUCCAUAAGCGUCUUUUCAAGAGAUCCUUUGGUGUUAACCAAAGAGCUUGCGAUAGUUGGUGGCAGAGGCAAGUUUAGAAUGGCAAAUGGGUUUAUUAUAAAUAAUGCCAUUUUCUUUAAUGUUACAAGUGGUGAUGCCAUUCUUGAAUUUCAAGUCACCGUUUUUCAUUAACAAAUUAUUUAUGGUUGUGGAUGAGUACUCUAAUUAUAUUGUUUGUGGAUUAAUAAUUAGUAAGUCCUAUA